AUGGAGGCUUUGAAGGGAUUAAAAUUACGCGAUUUAUACAGAAUCGUGAACCAACCCAAUGAGGAGUUCGAUGCGUUUCUGCAGAAUUUAGGGCUAUUACCGCGGGGCAAAACUUGUGAAUGCGGGUAUAACAUGUCUCUAGGUUUCAAAGAUAAGAACAAAAGAUCACCUAUUUUUAGAUGUUUCAAGGCGGGUUGCAGAAAGAACAAAGGUUUCUUUGUGGGCACUUUUUUUGAACAGUCCCGACUAACGACGAAAGAAGUUUUUGAGCUAUCCUAUUUCUGGACGCGUAACAACUACACUCAGGAGGAAAUUGCUUUCCAAAUGGAGAGGGAAGACGGUACUAGCCUUUCCACUCAGACCAUCACGGAUUGGAACAAUUCUUUUCGAGAUAUUGCAGUCGAAUAUUGUGUAAACCACCCCGCUAAAUUAGGCGGGACGGAUCGGACCGUUGAAAUUGAUGAGACGAUAAUUGCGAAAAGAAGAUAUGGCAGAGGACGGGACGUUAGAGAGCAGUUGAUUUUUUUUGGUGUGGAUGUGGAAAGUGGAGAUUGCUUCCUGGUUCGUGUGUCCGAUAGAUCUGCGGCUACACUUCUGCCGAUAAUUCAAGAACACAUACUUCCGGGUACUACUGUGGUCUCUGACGAUUGGGCCACAUACAGGCAGCUGCAGUCUGUACAGUCUCCGAAUUCAAUGUUUAACUUCGUAAACCCGGAGACUUAUGCAUGUAUGAAUCGUAAUGAGUCGUUAUGGCAUAAGUUCAAGAGUUCUCAUAAAAGUCGAUAUGGUACACAUCGCAGCUUACUGUCCGCGUACGUCGAGGAAUAUGUGUGGAGAAAGCGCUUUCGUGGUCCUGAUGCUUUCUACGAGCUUUGGAAUCAGAUAAAGACACUAUACCCAUGCUAA